AUGCAUAUCUUGGUCGUCAACGACGAUGGUCCACCCAACACCCGGCUCUCGCCCUAUAUCCGGCCCCUCGUCGACGAACUCCAGACAGCCGGCCACCUCGUCUCUGUCGCCAUCCCCGCCGCCUCCCGCUCCUGGAUCGGCAAAGCCCACCUCAUCGAAGCAGCCCUAACAGCCAACUUCGUGCACAAAGACUCCUUCCGCGCAGAUGGCACCUGGGACGAAUCCUACCAAGCCCCCGCCGGCUCCAGCGCAACCGGCCAAGAUGAGGCGGAAUGGGUCGUCAUUGAGAACGGCACGCCCGCCAGCUGUGCCCAACUGGGCCUGUACAACCUCUUCACAGACCGCCCGCCCAUCGACCUCGUCAUCUCCGGCCCCAAUCACGGCCGCAAUGCCUCCACCAUCUAUAACCUGUCGUCGGGGACGGUCGGCGGCGCGCUCGAGGCCGUGUUCUGCGGGAAGAAGGGCAUUGCCAUCUCGUUUGGGAGUAAGGAUCCCCAGACUGAUGCGGUGAUUGCGGCUGCAGCCAGGUUGGCGGUUAAGGUUGUUGCGCAUUUGUGGCGCAAUUGGGAUGAAAGGGUUGAGCUAUAUAAUAUUAAUGUGCCCAUGCGUGAGGACGUUGAGGCUCAGCCUGUGCUGUAUACGCGCACUCUGCCUUAUUAUUGGUCGAGGGGGUGCUUGUAUGCUGAGGCUGGCGUGGAGGUGAAGAAGAAGGCGGUCAAUGGGUUGACGAAUGGUGUGCACAAGGACGAGUGUAAUGGUGUCAAUGGCGUUAAUGGUGUUCAUGCCGUGAAUGGCGUAAAUGGGCACGUUGAGGCCCCGAAACAGCGCCAAUUCAAGUGGUCUGCCGACUUGUCUGAUAUGAAGAAGAGGUUGCAGGAGAGCGAGGACGGUACAGAUGCGCAUACCGUUCUGAACGGGUCAACGAGGUGUGUUGCCUCCUUUUUCUAUUAUCUCAUUUAUACUAACCAACACAGCGUGACUGCUUUGCGCGCCAACUUCUGGCACGUCCCCGACCUCGAAGGACCAAUUGACCUCGAUCGGUAA